UUAAAGAAAUUGUCAUUAAAGCACAGAUUUUUGGAAGUCUGUUUCCUGGUAAACUGUAUUUGGAGUGUCACACACAACAAGAAGUGCAGAACUGAGGAUACUUUGACAGCAAUUGAUUGGAUACUUACCAAAGAAGUUGGAGGGUAAGGGUACAUAAAGAAGGAUAACAGACGAAAGUAUACAUGGUUACAGUUAGGGGCGGACUGACCAUUUGAAAACUCGGGCACUGCCCAAGGGCCCAGGGUCAGUAGGGGGCCCCAUGAGAUGCCCCUGGUACCUUUUUCAUAGGCUUUUUUGAGUUUGGGCAAGGACACAGGGGCCCCAUGAUCCCCUAUUGCCCAGGG